AUGGAGCUGUGUGUGGUCGAGGAAAUCGAGGAGAGCACUCGGGAACUUGACGUGGGUGAUUUGGAGGAUGUGCUCGUCAUUGGAGAUGAGGUAGGAGCAACUUUUAAGCUUGAUGAGCUUGUUCUGGACGAGCUCACGAGCUUGGAGCUACUGAAGCUGAGUAGCAAAGAAGAAGAGCUGGAAAGCACAGUCUUCGAACUUGUUGAGAGGCUACUGGUCUUCGAUGAGCUGCUUAAUGCAGAGGACUUUCCGGAAGACGAUAUUGGGGUCGAAGUCUUUGAUGACUGUGAUGUGGAAAUAGUUUUCGGACUAGAAGGUAGACUGCUGGUACUUGCUGAGCUGCCGAUGGUGGACACCUUCCCAGAAGACGACAAGGAACUCGAGCUCUUGGAAGCGGAGGAGCCUAUAGAGAUAACUAGGGAGUUUGUACUGGUAACUUUCUUCGAGGAAGAUGUGCUCGUGAGGGUCGUAGUUGGAGGUAUGACAACGGACAGACAGGAGCAUCCACUAGACACCCGAGAUGACGGGUAUUGA